UAUUCUAACGAGUAUGUUUUGAAAGCAAAGCACCAUGUCUUGACAAUUGCUACUCCGUUAGGGGCGUACAAACCAAAAAAGACAUCGUUACAAGAUUAGAAGUUACAAUACAUAAUGAAUUUGACAAUCUCCCGAGUUCCGAGCUCGAUUCAUGUGAGAAACCGGCACAGCUGCAGGUACUUGAGAUGCGAAACCCACAGUGGCCAUAUAGGCCAACAGUUAGUAUAUUUCUUGGUUUUUCUGUCCUACAGUUGCAAUUUUGUAUUGUGACAUUCCACUCAAGCUUAUCAAUGCAACAUGUUAUAUUUAAGCCCCAUAAUAUGCUUCGAUCUCAAAGCCACCAUCUCCCUCUUAUCCUCUUCUCUUCUUUCCUCAGACAUUACUGAGAUCUCAACCACAAAAUGGCACAUCAAGAGAACUUCGAUUCUAACGAAUCUUAUGAUUACAUCAUUUGCGGUGGCGGAACCUCAGGCUGUGUAAUCGCAGCUCGACUUGCACAGAACUCUAAUGUAUCUAUUCUCAUUGUUGAAGCCGGGGCUAGCAAUGAUACAUAUCCAGCCACUGCAAUCCCUGCUGCGUUUCUUGGUGGAAGCAGCGGUUGUAAUGGGACAUUGGUUAUUCGUGGGAAUCGACAAGAUUAUGAUAAUUGGGGUCUUGAAGGGUGGAGUGGAGAUGGGAUGUUUAAAUACAUGUCAAAGGCUGAAACAGUCCGCAACAAGUCAUGGUUCGAUGCCGAGAAAGAUGCACAUGGAUACGGUGGUCCUAUCAUUACAUCUCCCCAUGAUCCAGCACCGAUUUCAAAGCUUGUCCUUGAAUCGUAUCAAUCAAUGGGACUACCCUUAAUUCCAGAUAUGUUUAGUACCGGCAAAAGUGCUCAUGGCUGCGGACAUGCUGUUCGAACAGUCUCCCAAGGCACUCGUACUAUGGCUACAGAUUAUAUCACAAGUUCCAUGAAAAUUUCAGGCAUUUCAAUUAAAACGAACAUUUAUAUCGACCGCAUUAGUCUUGAAACAGAUACCGCUGGUGCACUACGAGCCAAUGGUGUAUUCUUACAGGAUAUCACCGGAAAGAAAUCUUUCGUUAAAGCUCACAAAGAAGUGAUCAUCUCAGCAGGAACAUAUGGAAGUCCAGCAAUCCUUCUCCGAUCUGGAAUCGGUUCCAAACAAGAAGUCGAAAAGCUUGGAAUCCAAAGCCAAGUUGAUCUCCCAGGUGGCGGAAAAAUUUCGAUGGAUCAUUUGGUCGUUCUCUCAUUCUAUGAAGUCUCCAAGCCAGUUCUCACCAAUAACCAUCUUAUCUGGCACGCCGGCGGAAAAGACAAAUCCUUAGCACAGUAUAAAACCGACAAAACCGGGGUUUUCUCUCAAUUCCCCUUUGGAACUUUUGCAUUUGCUCGUCUAGACUCCAGACUCUCAGAUUCUCACCUCUGGAACUCCGCUCCCCGCACCGAAGGUCUCGAUCCAAUGAGUCUCUCACCCACCCAGCCCCACGUUGAAUUCUGGAACACAGAAUGCUAUAGUCCGAAAUACAUGUUUAGGGACUUCCCCCCAGAUGGCAAUCAGUCUCAAGUCAAGCGACCCGACGGAAAACCCUAUCGCUAUCAUCCAGCCGGAACAUGCAAGAUGGGAAGACCAGACGAUACUCUAGCUGUACUUGACGAAAAUCUCAAAGUGCGCGGGAUCACCAAUCUUCGAGUCGCAGAUGCAAGUGUGAUGCCCUCUCUUAUUGGAGGACAUCCUCAAAUGCCCGUCUAUGGAAUCGCUGAAAAGGCUUCGGAUCUUAUCAUUUCUGACAAGUGA